AUGUGGGUCUUUUUGAUGCUCACACUUGUGUUUAGCGUCGGUGCAUCACAAAACAACGACACAGCGGGAGAGGAGAGGCUCGAAAUCGCCCGAGCGACAAUAUUUGCUCCUGGCGUGGUUGGAUGAGCCAUAAAGAAGAUGCCGGAGCUCUAUCACUUCCUCAUGGAGCAGAUGGCUUUGUACCAUAACCUGAAGUACGACUCAUCGGAGCAGAAGAACCCGCGGCUGGUGUUCUACAACGAGGCGGACGAGGUGGUGAAGACAGUCCGUGUGAAGAGGAUGACGUCGGCUCAGAUCUGCAGCCUGCUGGACUCUCUGGGAUUCUACAAACGGUCAGAGAAAGGGGAGGAGGUGCCCGAGGACGUCCAGCACUACCCCCUGCGCGCCCCCAGAGACGAGCUGUGACGCCCCUUUGUGGCUGAACCCCGCCGCUGCACCUGGGACGCACCGAUGACGAACGGGGCCCAAAGGUCACACGGGUCAGGCUCCUUUCUGAAGACACGCCGGACCAGGGAAGUGUGCGG